AUGGGGAAGCAUCUGAGCCGUAGAUCUGGGCCUGAUGAGGAGCGGGGGGACGCACAUGUGGACCCCACUGCUGCCUCUGUUUUCAAAUUCGUUUUAACAGCGCCCUGUGUUGAGGAAUCUGAUUGGCUGCGACUGCCACGUAAGCAAGAAAACAGACAGAGAAUUCGAAGCGGAUAUGGACCCAGACCAGUCCCAAUUCCCAACCAUGAUCGUGCAAAUUGUUUAUAUCUCAAAAGGAAUUGA